AUGAAGCUCCUUUUCCUGAUUUUGACAGUUACCGUGUUCCUGGCCCAAGCCACCCGAGUCAUGAAGUGUUGGAAUAGAUCAGGCAGAUGUAGAACGACGUGUAAAGAGAAUGAAGUGUUCUACAUUUUAUGUGAUACUCAUACUAAGUGCUGUGUGAAUCCGAAGUAUGUACCUGUCAAACCGGAAUCCUCAAACAUAAAUGAAAUCCUGGGAUCAAAUUCUGCAGUCUGA